AUGAUACUCAUCAUUCUACUAUUACUUUUCCUGCCAUUUGCUACACCCUUGACAUGUAUGGCUUGUGUCCAUACAGCAGGAACUACUCAACUAGAUAACUUUCGCGUGACUACAAGACUAAGCAAAGCUUACUGUUUGAUGGAACCGAUAAGAUGUGAUCGUGAUCAAGAUGUUUGUGUUACAAUUACCAUGCAUAUAGGAGGAGGUGAAUAUUGGCUGGGAACUGGAUGUGACCGACGUACAAACUUCCAUCACAUGUCUUGCCAGAAUGUGCCCACAGUUUCUCGUAAUGUUCAAUUAGGAUAUGUUCAAGAAAGACGCGCCAUGCAACGGGUUUGUGUUUGUGCCAGAGACAUGUGUAACUCAUCUUUCACAAAUUCUUCUCCUCUUAUCAUCUUACUUUUCAUAAUUUUCACUACAUUUGGCUCCAAAUUCUUAUAG